AUGGCGGCACGCGUCGCGCCAUACUCGGAGACGGCGGGGCCGGCUCUUGAGACGUCUCAAAAGACGGCUGGGCCAGCUGUGCAAUCAACCGAUACAAAGCCGCCGUACCUCCAACCGAAGCGCGCUGUUGAAACUACCGAGACCGGCGGCGCGAAGGCGGGAGUGGCGAAGGCAGGCGGCCCAGCGGCGGACGCAUCGCUGGCGGCGCGGUUCGCGGCGGCCCGGUACAUGUCGGGAUUCGGCAAUCAAUUCGAGAGCGAGGCGCUGCCCGGCGCGCUCCCCGCGGGGCGCAACAACCCGCGCGUGUGUCCGUACGGGCUGUACGCGGAGCAGCUCACGGGGACCGCGUUCACUGCCCCCCGCAAGGAAAAUCAGCGCAGGUGGGCAAAAGGGGAAGGGGAGUGGGGCGCAACAAUCCGCGCGUGUGUCC